UCGGCGAUGGCGGAGGAGGAACAACGAGAAGAGGAAUCGUGGAGCAAGCCCAAGAGGAGGAACACGAGGAUUUCCAAGGAUCCACAGAGCGUGGCGGCGCGGCACCGGCGCGAGAGAAUCAGCCAAAAGAUCCGGACGCUCCAGCGACUGGUUCCAGGAGGCACAAAGAUGGACACCGCCUCGAUGCUGGACGAGGCCAUUCACUACGUCAAGUUCCUCAAGACCCAAGUCCACUCGCUCGAGCUCCUCGGGUUCCACAGCCCACUAGCAGUCGCUCCUCCGGCAAAUCCCUCGAGCCACUUUCCACUCCCGAUCGAUCGCUCGCAGAUGGCGUCGUGCUCUUCGUCUCGGUUCUUCCCUUCGAUCGAUCACAGCAGUGAUAUCGAAAGCCAGCACUUGGCUUAUCGUCACCAAUCCCCAUAGCUGUCCAGACAUUCCAAUCUCGAAUCUCUCGAAUCGAAAAUCUUAGCAUAACAAUAGCGAUCGUCGCUCUCGAUAAGUGGAAGAGAA